GCGGAAUCCAUGCUUGAAUGGCGUCCAGGCAGACUAGCAGAAGCAUGAAAUGGAUACAUGGGAAGAUGAUCCAGCUGACCAACGUACUUGCCUUAUCUGUGGAGACCGCGCCACAGGCCUGCACUAUGGCAUCAUUUCCUGUGAGGGCUGCAAGGGCUUCUUCAAGCGCAGCAUCUGCAACAAGCGGGUGUACCGCUGCAGCCGUGACAAGAACUGCGAGAUGUCACGCAAGCAGCGCAACCGCUGUCAGUACUGCCGCCUGCUCAAGUGUCUGCAGAUGGGCAUGAACCGCAAAGCAAUCAGAGAAGAUGGCAUGCCAGGGGGGAGAAACAAAAGCAUCGGGCCCGUCCAGAUCACCGAGGAGGAGAUUGAGCGGAUUAUGUCGGGGCAGGAGUUCAAGGAGGACGCUCCGGAGCACACUUGGGGCAACAACGGCGACAGCGACCACAGCUCCCCCAGCAACGGGGCCUCCGAGGGUAACCAGCCAUCCCCCGCCUCCACGCUGUCAUCCAAUCGCUCUUUAGAAAUGAACGGCUACACAGCUGCCCUCAGAGACCAGUACAUCAACACCUCCAUGUCCACACACUACCAGCUCCUGCCUCACCUUUUCAGCUACGCCACCCAGUCCGGCCUGCUGGCGCCCCAGCCCCACAACCUCUACCCCCAGUCCCACCCCCUCGUGCUGCAGCUGGUGGCAGCCGAGGACCUGGCCCCGCUGGCAACGCCGAUGUUGAUAGAAGACGGGUACAAAGUUACGCAGGUGGAGCUGUUUGCCCUCCUGUGUCGCCUGGCGGACGAGCUGCUGUUCCGCCAGAUCUCCUGGAUUAAGAAGCUGCCCUUCUUCUGCGAGCUCUCCAUAGAGGACUACACCUGCCUGCUGAGCUCCACCUGGCAGGAGCUCAUUCUGCUCUCCUGCCUCACCAUCUACAGCGCGCAGAUCUUCGGAGACCUGGCUGACGUCACCGCCAAGUACACCCCAUCGGACGAUGAGCUGCAAGGGUUCAGCGAGGACGGGAUGGAGGUGAUGGAGAGGUUAAUAUAUCUGUUUCGCAAGUUCCACCAGCUGAAGGUCAGCAACGAGGAGUAUGCCUGCAUGAAAGCCAUCAACUUCCUCAACCAAGAUAUCCGAGGACUGACUAACGUCUCCCAGCUAGAACAGCUAAACAAGCGCUACUGGUACGUGUGUCAGGACUACACUGAGUACAAGUACCCGCACCAGCCCAAACGCUUCCCUGAGAUCAUGAUGUGUCUGCCAGAAAUCCGCUGCAUUGCAGGGAAGCUGGUAAAUGUCCCACUGGAGCAGCUCCCCCUCUUGUUCAAAGCAGUCUUGCACUCCUGCAAAUCCAGCCUCAACAGCUACAAGACUGGCCCUCUGCCCUGUGGAACCACAGGAGCCUCUGCUGGAAACUAG